AUGGAGGGCGUGCAAAUUCGCGCCCUGAUCGGCAAGGGUGGCGAGACCAUCAAGGAGAUCAGGUUGCGAAGUGGUGCCGACAUCAAGAUCGACCACUUGCCUUCGGACCCGCAAGUGUUGCAUGAUGCGUGCCACUACCUGGAUGGUACCACUAGCACUCUCAAAAUGCAUUUUUGUUUCGCGGGUCCAGCAAAAAUGGUCAACCCCAAAAGAGCUUUUUCCUUUGCCGGGUCACUGGGCAAGUGGGUGGGUGUGUCCAGAGUUUGGAGAUCCCACAUAGCUGGUAGUUAA